AUCAGAUUUUACCCGAGGAGUACUCAAAAAGGUUUAUUACUGUAUAUACUGUGCAUUCAACUUUGAUGAAAUAAAACGAAACGGAAGCAACAUUAAAUCAUAACAAAAAAAAAUAAAAGAAAAACGAUAUUUUUUUUCUAAAUACAAGUCCACGGUGAGAAAUUAAAUAUAUUCCAAACUGGUAGAAAUGUCCGUGCGACCGAAGUUUGCUGGUACUGGCCUAGAGGAAGUCAAUAUUCCAGGGCAAGCAUAUCUCCGAGAAGCGCUUACAUCAUGCACCGAUCCUCUAAAGGCGAUUGAAAGCUUUCAGCUGGAAAAUGGUGUGCUUUUACCGUCUUUGCGGCCGAUGUUGCCUUUGGAUUUGCAUGGUGUGCGGCGUCUGGAUUUUCACACUUCGCUCAUGGAGGAGUUGCGGGAAAAGCUGAUUGCACAUAUUAAUGAGUUGGGGCAAAAGGAUCCGCGUGAGCGUGACAAAAAAUUGAAGGAAUUGUUGGUAAAGAGUUUUCCCGUUGUCAGGGUUAAAGCGCUUCGACCAGUAGUAAUGGCGAUUUUACGAAAUACCCAACAUAUUGAUGACAAAUAUUUGCGAAUUUUAGUACGCGAUCGAGAACUCUAUUCGGAUACAGACACGGAAGUAAAAAGACAGAUUUGGCGCGACAAUCAAUCUCUAUUCGGUGACGAAGUUUCGCCACUUUUAUCACAGUACAUUCGUGAGAAAGAACAUGUCCUAUUCGAUCAUACAAAUUUAAACAAUCUUUUCUUUCACCCAUCGCCAAAGGUGCGGCGACAGGGUGAAGUAGUGCAAAAGUUGGCGAAUAUGAUAGGGCAGAGUGUGAAACUAUACGACAUGGUAUUGCAAUUUUUACGCACCUUGUUCUUACGAACCCGCAAUGUUCAUUAUUGUACUCUUCGUGCCGAGUUGUUGAUGGCACUUCACGAUUUGGAGGUUCAGGAAAUAAUUUCCGUGGAUCCAUGUCAUAAAUUUACUUGGUGCUUGGAUGCUUGCAUUCGCGAGAAGAAUGUUGACAUAAAAAGAUCUCGCGAACUGCAAGGUUUUUUAGACAACAUAAAACGUGGACAAGAGCAGGUUUUGGGCGAUUUAUCGAUGACGUUAUGCGACCCAUAUGCUAUCAAUUUUUUAGCCACGUCAGCAAUUAAAAUUUUACAACAUUUAAUUAAUAACGAAGGACUGCCUCGCGAUAAUACCAUUCUCAUCUUAUUGCUGCGUAUGCUCGCCUUGGGAUUGAGUGCGUGGGUAAUGAUUGAUUCCCAAGAUUUUAAGGAACCAAAACUUGACUGCCAGGUUGUUACAAAGUUUUUACCUGCGCUAAUGUCACUUAUGGUGGAUGAUCAAUGUCGUAGUUUGCAUUCGAAAUUACCUCCAGACGAGCGUGAAUCUGCACUUUGCACGAUUGAGCACUCGGGGCCACCAGAUGCCGUUGAGGCGUAUAUUCAGGAGAGUUCUGUAGCCAGCAUAUUGGCGAUGUAUUACACUUUGCACACGGCACGCCUGAAAGAUCGUGUUGGCGUACUGCGCGUUUUAGCAAUAUUGUCUGCUUGCAAGGAUGACCGUGCCUACGAAGAUCCAUUCCUACAUUCACUGUAAAUCGCAUUGCUUAUCCCAAUGGCGGAAGAAUUUUCCACUGAAGAUUUUUGUACUACGCUCUUCGAUGAAUUCCUCUUCGCUGGACUGACACGCGAUAAUGUUACGAGGCAUAUGUUAAAGCUGUUGUGGUAUGUGCACAAUAAAUUGCCUACCGGUAGAUUGGCUACACUCAUGAAGGCUAUUCAACCCACAACUGGCCAUAACGAAACGGUCCACAAACUGUAUGAAACACUCCAGGAACGGAUCGGCGCGACUAUGCACGAAGGUCCAAUACCUGAACAACAAGAAAUAGAUUUUGACUCACCGCUGAAAAGCGUACCCACUCCUGGUCCUGCGUAUAUGCAGUGAGGUGAUGAAGCGAAAUUAAGACAAAAACAUACAUAAUUUUUUCUUUGUAUUUUUCUUUAUAAAUUAUAAAAUUUUUAUAUUAUGAAUGUAUGUACAUGCAAUAAAAAAAAAGACUUGUACGCUUGCCAAAUUGGUGGAAAAACGUUUUCAACUCGAUCUAGCACUACAUUCAAAAAUACACCAAUUAACUUGUUAAAUCGGGAAAAUCAGCUCGCAAACAUGUUAAAUAAAAUGCAGUAAGUUAACUUGUUAAGCCAAUUAACAUGCUUGAAAACAGUUCAGCGCAGUGUUGUAUACGGAAGAUUCCGAUAAAGAUUUAAUGAACACGGUUGCUUUGAAUUGAACAUGAAUUACUUCGAAAUGUACCAAAGUAAAUUCGGAUAUUUUCUGCGUUUUCUCUAUACUGAGAUUAAUAGCUAUAGAUAAUACAAAGUACGAUAUGUGUAGCCAUGGUUACUAGACCAGCAUCUAUGUAGACACUAGUCCCCAUACAUAAUGGCGCUAGGACUCAUAAAUUGUAUAGCCAUUCGUGACUGAAGGCAAGGAGAUACAAUGGGAAAUAACUAAUUAAAUUAUCCAGCACAACUUGCAGAAGAGUAAUGAACGGCUAAGCACCCGCUACAACAACAGCAACAAGGGAGUAAUGAAAAAUUUUCUCUCAAUACAAAAAUUAAAAAGGUAAGCCAACGCUUAAUUUUAAAACUUGAAAGUUUAAGAUGCUGCUGAUCACAGUUUUUUACAUGCAAUUGCGUAACAACUAAGAAUCAAAAUGUAAAGCUAUGUAUAUAUUUCAAAGUAAAAGAAGCUAUACAUUUCAA